AUGGCAGCAACAUGCUUGAAAUAUUGUUUCUUCACUAUUUUGGUUAUCAGUAUCAGCGCAUUGGUUCCUCAAUCCAUGUCUCGUAUAAUCCCUGAAACAUCCAUGAUGGGGAGGCACGAGAAGUGGAUGGCACGUUAUGGGCGUGAGUACAAGGACAACGUAGAAAAAGAGAAGCGCUACAGAAUCUUCAAAGCUAAUGUUGAGUACAUAGACGUAAAUAAUGCUGAAGACAAACCAUACAAGCUAAGUAUCAACCAAUUCACAGAUCAAACAAACGAGGAGUUCAAGAAAGCUCACAUUUUUUAUAGGAAUCUCUUCAACACAAAAUCAUCAGCCGCUACUUCUUUUGAGUAUGAAAAUUUCAGUGAUGUUCCACCUAGCAUCGACUGGAGAAAGAAGGGAGCUGUGACUUCCAUCCGGGAUGCAAUAUGCGGAGCAUGGACAUUUCCCGCUGUUGAUACUGUGGAAGGCAUUACAAAGAUCAAACGUGGUAAGUUAUACACAUUAUCAGUCCAAGAAAUAGUAGACUGCAACAAUGAAGGGAAAGAUGGUUGUACUGGAGGUUUUACAUCUGAAGCUUUCGAGUUCAUCAAACAGCAUGGUCUUACCACAGAAAGUAUCUAUCCUAAUAAAGGGAACGUUAGUACCUGUGACCCAAAGAAGGAGGCAGAACCUGUUGUCAAGAUAAAUGGCUAUGAAAAUGUACCUGUUAACAGUGAGGAGGCACUUAUGAAGGCCGCUUCUAAGCAACCAGUUGCUGUCACUGUCGAUGCUAAAGGGGCAGACUUCCAGUUUUACUCGAGUGGUAUCUUCACUGGCCAAUGUGGAACCACCUUGGACCAUGGCGUUACAUUAGUUGGUUAUGGUACUGAAAAGGGUAAGUUGAAGUACUGGAUAAUCAAGAACUCAUGGGGCACCACUUGGGGCGAGGACGGAUAUAUGAGGCUCCAGAAAGAUAUUAAUGCGAAGGAAGGUCAGUGUGGAAUUGCAAUGGAAGCCACAUAUCCAACAGUAUAA